AUGCUCCGGCGAGUUGUCCUUCGCUGUGGAAAAAUAGAAAUCGUUUCGCCCAAGCCGGAAGCACCCAUUCCUUCCGCGGAACUGAGACCCAUUUCCCCCUCCUUGCUGUACCGAAGGCUUCUCAAACUGUAUCUCCGCAAGUUUGAUACGGAUUACAAAACAAUAGUUGCCGCAUGGAAGCAGACAAAGUUUGAGUUCUGGUAUCAUAGAAACGACCCACCGGAGGUGGCUGCGUUGCACAAUGUUCGUGGCCAGCAGAUCUACGAGGCCAUUCGUGCCGGGCUGAUUCCGGUCUACAGAGAUGGCAAAACAAAUGAGACUUUUUUCAAGUACGACGCCGAUACGUUACAGGCGGCCCAUAACCAUAUUGACCCUGUCGACGCCGAAGAGUUCCUUCGCCGCUAUCAUGACAAGAUUCCGCCCGAGGAGGUUGCGGAGCUGAUGUCUACGCUGAAAAAGUUGGGGCGCUGGAAGGGGCCGAGCGAGCUUCGUGGCGAAGACUUACACCACGUCAAGAGGAAGGUCACCCGAAAGACGAAAUGCACGGACUCGGACGAUUGA